AGGCUUCCCCUGGCAGCGUUGUCACAUGAUAACGUGACAACUUUCUUUGCUAUCGCUACUUCAACGAGCACCACUGCGGUACGAGCUGACCCGGAGUCAGAAGAAUCGUGGUUGAUGUGCGAUGGAGACCAUUAUGGACAACGUCGAGCUGAUCUGGGAACAGUUAGGUGGCGAAACAUGCCGUAGGACUGGCCGCUAUUACGAAGUGCGUUCGUUUUGACUCUCGUGAGGACACCACGAGAUGACAUCCGGCUGAAAGAAGAGAAAACUCAAGUUGCCUUGCAUUUUUGUCUCACACAAUGAAAGUUCAUUGUGACCGUUACUGACUUGGCCAGCAUUAGGACUCAACCCGCGACUAUCUCGGGCCGAGUCCCGUGGGCCAAGUGGCACCGCACUUCCGGGAUGGCCGAGUGAGAAAAACCGACGUUUCGUCAAGUCGACCCGAGCGGCUGCAAAUACGGGACGAGGCUGGAACUUGAGAGGCAGACACCGCAAGGCGGCCAUGCUCCAACAUGUGAGAUGAUCGCGGGGAGGCCCGAGGCCGCCGACAUCGACAUCGACAUCGACAUCAUGCUGGCCCGGAGCUCGCACGCGCGAGGCCGAGCCAGGGUGACGCACGCCGUCAUCGUCAUCUUCCUAGAGUUCUUCGCCUGGGGGCUGCUGACCACGCCCAUGCUGACGGUUCUACACGAAACGUUUCCGCAGCAUACGUUCUUGAUGAACGGACUCGUGCAAGGCGUCAAGGGUUUCCUGUCGUUCCUGUCGGCGCCCGUGAUCGGCGCCUUGUCCGACAUCUGGGGGAGGAAGUGUUUCCUCCUGAUGACGGUGUUCUUCACGUGCGCGCCCAUCCCCUUCAUGAGGAUCAGCCCCUGGUGGUACUUUGCUCUGAUCUCCGUGUCGGGAAUCUUCGCCGUGACGUUCUCCGUGAUCUUCGCGUACGUGGCCGACAUCACGGACGAGCGUCAGAGGAGCACGGCGUACGGGCUGGUGUCGGCGACGUUCGCCGCCAGCCUGGUGACGAGCCCCGCCAUCGGGGCGUACCUGUCGGCGCGCUACGGAGACAGCCUGGUGGUGCUGGUCGCCACGGUGAUCUCGGUGGCCGACAUCACCUUCGUCUUCUUCGUGGUGCCCGAGUCGCUGCCCGACAAGAUGCGGCUGACCAGCUGGGGCUUCCCGCUCUCCUGGGAGCAGGCGGACCCCUUUGCCUCGCUGCGUCGGGUGGGCAGAGACUCCACCGUCAUGCUCAUCUGCGUCACCGUCUUCCUGUCCUACCUGCCCGAGGCGGGACAGUACUCCAGCUUCUUCCUCUACCUCAGACAGGUGAUCGACUUUUCUCCCGCCGCCAUUGCCGCCUUCAUCGCCAUGGUGGGCAUCCUGUCUAUCAUCGCACAGACUCUUGUUCUGAGCAUGCUGAUGCGGACGUUGGGCAAUAAGAAGACGGUCCUGCUGGGUCUGACCUUCCAGCUCCUGCAGCUGGCCUGGUACGCCUUCGGUUCCGAACCCUGGAUGAUGUGGGCGGCGGGCACGGUGGCGGCCAUGUCAUCCAUCACCUUCCCGGCUGUCUCGGCGCUGGUUUCGCGCAGCGCCGCCCCGGACCAGCAAGGUGUGGUCCAGGGCAUGAUCACGGGCAUUCGGGGCCUGUGCAACGGUUUGGGCCCCGCGCUCUACGGGUUCAUCUUCUUCCUCUUCAACGUGGAGCUCAGCGACGUCCGGUCUGCACAAGGGCCCGACACGCAACACAUUCAGAAGUCGAGUGUUCCCGGGCCGCCGUUCCUGUUCGGCGCCUGCGCCGUGGUCUUUGCACUCAUUGUUGCCGCCUUCAUCCCAGAGCGGCCGCCGGCCGACGGCGACGUCGCGACGUGCUCGGACAGGAAGUCCGGCGGCGCGGGCGGGCUCGUCGCCGCGCGGGCCCAGGACGCCAGCCCGCCGGCCACACCCGCCAGCGACGCCGACGACAUCGAGCCGCUCCUACAGGACAGCAGCAUGUGAUUGGCCGAGGGGCCGCCCCAUCACAACGAAAUGUGCCAAUUUUAUUUUAUUUCUUUACAUAUCUAAGCGGUCCAAACGCCAUGGUUACCAUGGCAACUGCCACUUCCUGUUUCCUUGGAAACAUCACGUGAUCGUUGAUGCGUUUUCAUUUGACAGAACGCCCCGGUAACGACUUACUGGCGACCAGUCCACAAUUUUAAUGGGACGAAUGAAGAAGUGUUUUUGACUUUUAACCGAUUUAUUUGGAUGAAAACAAAGAAGAAAAUAUUUUGUCCUCUUUGAACUUUUUGUUGACUUUUUGCAUUUAAUUUUUUUGACAAAGGCGACGUUUUUCAGCAGAAAACUUGGAAAUCACAUUUUGGAAUGACAUUUUUUUUUACCCCACAAAACAACACAAAACGUCAUUUGACCUUUUCAAAACAAAAGACGAGGAAUACCUGAAGUAGAGAUUAUUAUUAUGAUUAUGAAUAUGAAUUAAAAACAAAUUGCAUUGUGAGUGAGAAUGUUUUGGAUGUCUUCGUGAUCCAAUCAGAUUCGGGGUUAGCGUUGGCGCCUCUCAGGGGGCGGGGUCAGAGCAGACAGGAAAUGUUGACUUUGGUGGUGGAGUAGGGCACUUCCUCUGUUGGGGGAACAAAAAACAUUACAUUUUCUCAUUUGAUUUUUGAGUGUUACUUAGUUGACUUAGGAAGUUUUGAGUUUUAUUUUUGUGAUAAAGUGACUUAUUUUGAGGUCUGAAGUUUUAUUUUGAUGUGUUAGGUUGACUUGAAGUGUGAAGUUGUUUUAUUUUGAAGUAUUAAUUGACUUUUAGUCUAAAAUGUGAAGUUGGGUUUUAGCUUGAAUUGUUAUUGUGUGGCAGCACGUCGGACGACCGGUGAGCACAUCUGCCUCAAAGUUGUGAGGUUGCUGGUUCAAAUCCGGCCUGGCCUGUGUGGAGUUUGCAUGUUCUCCCCGUUCCCGCGUGGCUUUUCUCCGGGUACUCCGGUUUCCUCCCACAUCCCAAAAACAUGCGUGGUUGGUAGGUUGAUUGAAGACUCGAAAUUGCCCAAAGGUGUGAAUGUGAGUGCGAAUGGUUGUUCGUUUCUACAUGCCGUGCGAUUGGCUGGCGACCGGUUCAGGGUGUACCCCGCCUCUCGCCCGAAGCUGGCUGCGAUAGGCUCCUGCUCGCCCACGACCCGUCAGGAGGAUACGGAAAAAGGAUGGAUGGACGUUAUCGUGUUUAGUCAACUCUGUAACACUUCCAAAUAAAAGUCAACUUUAUGACACUUCAAACAAACACAAGUAGAUUGAACGACACAUCAAAAUGAAAGUCAAAGUACAUGUAAAUAUUUUGAAGACAACUGGAGAACUACGCUUCAAAAUAAAAAUGGCGUAGCGGUGUUGUUGA